UCAUAACAUCAGAGCACCAGUGACACAUUCUAAAAGUCAAGACGAAGUUAGUGUUUAUGGAAAUAAAGAGUAUUCAGAUACCAAUGAUUUGUGGCGUGUAGAAAUAGUAGAUCACGAAAAAUCAGAUCCAGAAUCUGGAAAACGUUUACGUGCAAUCCACACGAAAUUCAGACUUUAUCAUAUUAAUAGAGGAUGUUACCUUUUUUCUCAUAGUACUAGAUUACCAGAAUGGGGUUUUAAACAACAAGAAGUUACCUGCGGAAGAGGUGCAAAAUAUAUAAAUACAAUAUGGUAUAUAGAAACCAAUUCUCACCCCAAAA